AUGGACGUUCUCUUUGGCUCGCCUGUCGUACUUCAUCAUAGUUCUGAGACAAUUGAAAUAACUGUUCACAAAGAAAAAAAAAUAUCUUUCCUUGAACAUAUAACAAAAACAUGCCCCUCUCUUGUAGGUAAAGACGCAAGGUUCUAUCCAACUAUUUGGCUACCAAAUGGACACUUUCAGACAGCUUAUGCAGCAUAUGCAAAAUUUGAUCAUGUACAUCAUAUCGAAUAUGACAGAAAUUUAAUCCCAACACUAGACGGGGGCCAAUUUUCACUUGACUGGACACCAACUUUAGCCGAAAAACCUUUUGAUGAUACACCGACAAUUGUCGUAUUACAUGGUUUAACAGGCGGCAGCCAUGAAUCGUAUAUCCGAUGUGUUCUCGAAAUUCUCACAAAACCACCUCAUAAUUAUCGUGCAGUUGUAUUUAAUAAUCGAGGGUGUGCGAAAUCUCAAUUAUUAUCCCCUAAACUUUAUUGUGCUGCAUAUACUGAAGAUUUAAGAAUUGCAUUAGAAUAUAUCCAAAAAUGUAUCCCAAAAGCAAAAUUAUUUGCAAUUGGUUUUAGCUUAGGUGCAAAUAUACUAGUGAAGUAUCUCGGCGAGGAAGGAAAAAAUACGCCAUUUAUUGGAGCAAUUUCUGUUGGAAAUCCUUUCGAUAUUCUUGGAUCGAAUGUAUCGAUGGAAAGUAAGAUUAUAGGAAGAAAUAUUUAUUCCGCGUCAUUAGCCAACAACCUUAAAAAUAGUUUUGCCGAACAUGAACACAUCCUAAAAAAACACCCAAAACUCGAUCCUGCUUAUAUUAUGUUGGCACGUUCAAUUCGUGAAUUUGACGAUAGAUGUACACGUGUAGUAUUUGGUUACGAUACAGUAAACGAUUAUUAUCGAGAUGCUAGUUCAUCCCGUUUUGUAACUAAAGUUCGAAUUCCAUUACUUUGUCUUCAAGCUGAAGAUGAUCCAGUUUCAGUCCGAGAAUGGGUUCCAUAUGAUGAAUGCAGGUUUAAUCCAUAUGUGAUUUUAGCUACAACUUCACACGGAGGACAUCUCGGUUGGUUUACUAAUUUUUGGCAUCCAACACGUUGGUGCAUAAAACCAAUAACCGAAUUUUCAGUAGCUAUUAUUGAGGCUGAAAACUUCACUGUUUUACCAAAUGAUUCUAUAGAACAAAUAUAA